CUCUCGCGAGAGGUGCUAUACGGAAACUGAGUUUCCUGGGGAGGGCGGAAGGAGCUGCGAGGGGAAGGGAGGAUUGGUUGGUAGGUUGCCCUCUCCGCUGCUGUGGUAACGGGAUUCGCUUAGGGCGCCUGCUCGGAGGAGCGCUGCUUCUGGGUGCCUCCCCUUCUCCCAAGAUGGCGGUGGUGGGGGCUGGUGGAGUGAACCCCUUCCUCAGCGACUCCGAGGAGUCGGACCCAGAGGAGACCAGGCCGGGCGGUGGCAGUAGCAGCAGCGACCCCGGUGGCUCGGCCGCUCCGCUCCCGGUCCCUUCCUCAACCUCCUUUUCGCAGCCCCAGCAGCAGCCCCAACAGCUGCUCCUCCUGCCGUCUUCUCUGCAGGCCGAGGAGCCGCCCCGUAUACCGGUGGACGCUCUGGCGGCUCAGCUACUGCGGGACCAAUUUGUGCUGACGGCGCUGGAACUGCACACUGAGCUGCUGGAGAGCGGUCGGGAGCUGCCCCGCCUGCGCGACUAUUUUUCCAACCCGGGCAACUUCGAGCGACAGAGCGCAGGCGGCGCUGGGACCCCGGCACCGACCCCUCCCGCUUCGGCAGCCCCGGGAAUACUGUCCGUGGCCGGAGUGGGCAAGGAGCCUUGCACUGGACAGCUCCAUCGAGCUGGAAGCAUUAGCACUCUUGACUCACUGGACUUUGCAAGAUAUUCAGACGAUGGAAACAGGGAGACAGAUGAAAGGCUGGCUGUCCUGGAGUUUGAACUGCGGAAAGCAAAGGAGACCAUUCAGGCCCUCCGAGCCAACCUGACUCAGGCUGCAGAAAAUGAAGUUCCUUUGCAGGAACGGAGAAAUUACAAAUCGAGUCCUGAAAUUCAGGAGCCAAUUAAACCUCUUGAGAAAAGAGCUCUAAACUUCUUAGUCAAUGAAUUUUUAUUAAAGAACAGUUACAAACUUACAUCAAUAACUUUUUCAGAUGAAAAUGAUGAUCAGGAUUUUGAGUUGUGGGAUGAUGUAGGACUGAACAUUCCAAAGCCUCCAGACUUGCUGCAACUCUACCGUGACUUUGGGAACCACCAAGUAACCACAAAAGAUGUUGUGGAUAUAGCAGUUGGCCCUGAAGAGGAUGAAUUGGAGGCAACCACUCCUGUUGUAGAGAAUAUUCCUGUAUUUGGAGCACCAAAAUCAAUAGAGCAAUGUGCAAUCGUGCAGAAAUUGGAAGAUCAAAUUAAUGCAUUAAGCACUGAGAAGUGGUCGCUGCUGGAACAAAUACAAAGACUUGAAAGUGAAAUCGAGUACUUAAGAAGUGAAAAAACUCCUGCUCCAGUGAUAUUUGAUUCAGUCCAGUCAUCUUUAGCUCAAGUGCCUCUUACUGUCCCAGAGGAUAAUGAAAGAUAUUUAGAUAUCCAGAGUUCACUUAAUGAUGGUAAACAUGGUGACACUGAAGAGAAAAGGCUUUUCACAGAACGUGAAUCAAGAACUCCUAAAGAAAAUUCUCAAAUAUCUCUCCCUUGUAAGGAGAGAGAGAAACUUCCAUCUUCUCCAUCAAAUAAAGCUGCCAUACACUUCGAUAAACCCAAUAGGAAGCUUUCACCUGCAUUUCAUCAAGCGUUGCUGUCUUUCUGUCAAAUGUCAGCAGAGAGCCGUUUGGGAUCAGAGGUGUCCCGAAUUGCUGAUAGUGAAAAAAGUGUCAUGUUAAUGCUCGGGCGUUGUUUGCCACAUAUUGUUCCUAAUGUCCUGCUUGCAAAACGAGAGGAAUUGAUACCACUCAUACUGUGUACAGCUUGCCUCCAUCCUGAAUCCAGAGAGAGAGACCAGCUCCUACACAUACUGUUCAACUUGAUCAAAAGGCCAGAUGAUGAGCAAAGGCAAAUGAUUCUGACUGGAUGUGUAGCAUUUGCUCGGCAUGUUGGGCCAACACGUGUAGAAGCAGAACUUUUGCCGCAAUGUUGGGAGCAGAUCAAUCACAAAUAUCCAGAGAGACGGUUGUUAGUGGCAGAGUCCUGUGGAGCAUUAGCACCUUAUCUUCCUAAAGAGAUUCGAAGUUCGUUGGUACUUUCCAUGCUACAGCAGAUGCUGAUGGAAGAUAAAGCAGAUUUAGUACGAGAAGCUGUGAUCAAAAGCCUUGGUAUCAUCAUGGGGUACAUUGAUGAUCCAGACAAAUACCAACAGGGCUUUGAACUGCUACUUUCAGCUUUGGGUGAUCCCUCAGAACGAGUUGUUGGUGCAACUCAUCAGGUGUUUUUACCUGCCUAUGCUGCCUGGACUACAGAACUGGGAAACUUACAGUCACAUCUUAUACCUACAUUGCUUAGUAAAAUUGAAAAACUACUCAGGGAAGGCGAGCACGGAUUGGAUGAACACAAGCUCCACAUGUAUCUUUCUGCUUUGCAGUCCUUGAUUCCUUCACUUUUUGCACUGGUGCUACAGAAUGCACCUUUUACAAGCAAAGCUAAGCUUCAGGGUGAAAUCCCACAGAUAGAAGUCACAAGAUUCCCAAGGCCUGUAUCACCUCUUCAAGAUGUGGCCACCAUAAUUGGAAGCCGUGAACAGUUGGCUGUACUGUUGCAACUUUAUGAUUACCAGCUGGAACAUGAGGGUACCACAGGCUGGGAUACCUUACUGUGGGUUGUCAAUCAACUGCUGCCACAACUUAUAGAAAUAGUUGGCAAAAUCAAUGUAGCCUCAACAGCCUGUGUACAUGAGUUCUCAAGGUUUUUCUGGCGACUUUGCAGAACUUUUGGAAAAAUCUUCACAAAUACAAAGGUAAAACCACAGUUCCAGGAAAUCUUAAGGCUCUCUGAGGAAAAUGUUGAUGCUACAGCAGGAAAUGGAGUACUAACAAAAGCCACAGUUCCUAUUUAUGCAACAGGUGUACUUACAUGCUAUAUCCAGGAAGAAGACCGCAAGCUGUUGGUUGGAUUUUUAGAAGAUGUAAUGACCAUGCUUUCAUUAUCCCAUGCUCCUCUUGAUAGCCUGAAAGCAUCUUUUGUGGAACUGGGUGCAAACCCGGCAUACCAUGAGUUGCUGCUAACUGUAUUAUGGUAUGGAGUUGUCCAUACUUCAGCGCUUGUUCGGUGCACCGCUGCUAGAAUGUUUGAGCUGUUGGUGAAGGGGGUACAUGAAACUUUGGUAGCUCAGAGAGUUGUUCCUGCUCUCAUUACUCUCUCCAGUGACCCUGAAAUCUCCGUAAGAAUAGCCACAAUUCCCGCUUUUGGUACUAUCAUGGAAACAGUCACUCAGAGAGAGCUGUUGGAAAGAGUUAAAAUGCAGUUGGCCUCUUUUCUGGAAGAUCCCCAAUAUCAGGACCAACAUUCUUUACACACCGAAAUCAUAAAAACCUUUGGAAGAGUGGGGCCAAAUGCCGAGCCGAGAUUUCGCGAUGAAUUUGUUAUUCCACAUUUGCAUAAACUCGCCUUGGUCAAUAACCAACAGUCUGCAGAUUCAAAAAGAUUGGAUAUUGCUACUCAUCUCUUUGAAGCCUAUAGUGCACUCUCCUGUUGCUUUAUUUCAGAGGAAUUAAUGGUCAAUCACUUUUUACCGGGACUCAGGUGUUUACGAAAUGACAUGGAAUCUCUCUCACCAGAACAUGAGGUCAUUUUAAGCUCCAUGAUAAAGGAGUGUGAACAGAAAGUAGAAAAUAGGAGUGUCCAAGAACCACAAGGCUCUAUGUCAAUUGCGGCAAGCCUUGUGAGUGAAGACACAAAGACCAAGUUUCUGAACAAAAUGGGCCAGUUGACCACUUCAGGUGCCAUGCUGGCUAAUGUAUUCCAGAGGAAGAAAUAAAUUGGAAAAGGAAGUCCCUGUAAACACUGAGAGACCUCAUUAAGACUGGUUCCUUGUACUUGAAGUACUUGCCUUUUUAUUUCCCCGUCUUAUGUUAUUGUACUAUAAUUUUAUUCUAACCAACAAAGAUAUUUGCACUGCUCUUGAAUAUUGCUACGUAACUGUUAAUUUUGGGUUAAAUGUGAUUGAUUAUAAAACUAAGUUAAGUCUGUAUAAGUCCCUGUCCUGUGUUCUUGUCUUUCCAGCAUAAUUUUUUAUAUAUAGUGAAGGGUUUUUUUAUUUCCUGAUGGGUUCUUGGCUGAUAUCUGUAUUAUACAUGGAACUGUUAUGGUGGUACUUAAAAUAAUGUAAAUUUGAAGUCACAGUCAUGAAGUAAUAAAAGUGGAGAUUACUUAUGUAUUUAAGUUAUAAGAGGAUAAUGCAGAAUUUUUUUAAUGUUUCUAAAAUGAAAGGCAAGAGCCACCAGCACUAGUCUGAUUCCUGGAUUUUUUUUGUAAGUUAUUGUAUACUUGAAUUACAGAGAUGGAGAAUAUAAUGUACAGCAGACCUGCUUGCACUACAAGUCUCAAAGGGGACCAGAUUAUUCUAGAAGUGAUGGAUAAACCAAAUUUUUGAGAUACAUCUUGUGCAUGUAUUGGCAUUUUUAAUGUGUGUAUUAGUUUUCCUGUUAGGCAGCACAUCCCAAUAAGCAGAUUAGCAGGGGGGUGAGGGGAACAAUUAUUGAACAGUCCUAAACAUGUUUACUUUGAAGAAAGAUGCACCAAUUUCAGUGGGACUCACUUCUGGGUCAGUGUGUAUAUAGUAUUACCGCCUUAGGGCAAACAUAAAUGUGAUGCUGCCGAGUGAAAACUUUCUAUUCAUGUGGAUGCUACACGCAGCCAGUGCCAUGUUUUCUCCAUGUACCAGCCUGUAAGUGUACAGUAUCUGCAUGCCAGAGCAACAACCACCUUGGCUACAGAUUGCAGGUGUGCUGAACUCAUAUCUUGACCGGCGUGUGGGGCAAGCACUUUAUUCAAUGGGAUGCUGGGUGUCUUGAGUGGCUACAUGGAUAUGUACUUUUCCCAUGGCCAGUAUCUUAUUUAAAUCAGGCCUUAGGUUUUCAGGAUUAAGGUUCAAAGACCAUGUUGUAUUUGGCCCACUACUACGUAGCACUGCAGUGGCUAAAAGCAAUAACUUAUUUAGCCCUCAACAUCAAUUUAAGUUGUGAAAUUAAUUGAUGCAAUGUAACCUUAAAGGCCUUUUAAAUUAUGUAUAUUUAAUGUGCAUAAUAUACAUGGGGUGUAUAUUUGGUCAGUGUUCCUCCGCUAAGGGGUGGCUCACUGAUUCAGCAACAGCCUUCCAUCAGCAGAACAGGAAUCGGGUCGAUCUUUGGUGAUUUCCCCCUCCCUCCUGUUUCAUUUCUCUGACUGUUCUGAAGGGCCUUCCAGCCUUCUAGACCAAAUUUCAGAACUGAGGGGCAAUUGCCAAAAAUUGUCUUUAUUCCUCUUACACUGACAGACACUCUGCUGGAGCAAACAGCCUUUUGUAAGCAGACAAACAACAAUUAGAUACAAACCUGUGCAUUUUAAAAAUGCUUCAAAGUCACACCACCAACAACAAAUUUAAUACUGAUUUCUAUCACAGUUUUUAUCAUUCAGAGUAUGUUACAAUUACACCCACACCCCUUGCACCACACUUAUGAGGUAGGUUAAACCCAAGACCCAGAUUUGUCCACAGAGUUUCAUGGUGCUGUGGAGAUCCAAACUUGUGCCCUGAAUGCAAAAUUCUCUCUGCUGCACCUUUCAUCUCCUAAAGUCCUUGCAUGCUUCUCUAGAGAAAUACAACAAAAAGAGGUUACAUAGAAGUUAACAUUCCAUUUAAAUAUUGCUCUAUUAUGUAAACUCUGGGCUCAGGAAGCAGGAAAGGGUGUUAAACUUGAGUGAUUUGCAUGAUCCUAGUGUGGCUAAAAAGAAACUUGUGUAUGUACAGGCCCAAUCCCACUGUUACUUCAAUGCAAAGAGACAGCUGUAUUUAUAACACUUUCUUUAGGAGCCAUUGGUCAAGGAGUUACAUUUUAACAUUAAUCCUAGCAAACAGGCCUAAGCCUUGCCAUGCCCCUACAACAACCACUGGGAGUUCUGCACUGAGGAAUGAGAAGAAUGCUCAUUGGAACAUCUGUGAGACCAGUACCUUCAGUGCUCGCAAACAGAGUAAAUGGGGCACCAGCUUUAGGCCUCCCUGAGCUAGCACUGCAUUCACUGGGUUGAAGCCGUAUAUUUGUCUUCUCAGGUGCCUAUCAUAUCUGCACUAUAACAAAGAGUUAGUUUGCAAAUGCCACAUCUUCCUUCUUCAGACUUGUACACUGUCACAUUUUGAUCAAGCUAACAAAUGGGUCACCUUCCCCAUCUCAGUUACUGCCAGAUGCACUAAUUCUGUUCAAGCGUUGUCUUAACAGACUACCUGAUUAUGAAAUGUUGGAGAUAUUCCCGAGGAGCUGGAAGUGGCUACAUCUCUUGUCCUUUCUUGUGUUAAAUAAAAUGUUUUGCAUACCUCCUUUGUA